UAGAGAUGAGUCUGUAACUGUAACGACCCUGAACUGGACUUCCCCUAUAUCCGGCGCCUUCCCCAGGUACCUAGUGUCCCCCAGUACUUAUAGAGAUACCCCCAGGACUUAUAGUAGGACCAAACUGUGUAACAGUCGGACCGUCCCAUGAAGAAUAAUACAAAGCACAUAUCAGAUAUAGAACUCAUCAGUAGAUGACUGGACCAACAUAGGGAUGGUAAUCAGAUGGUGAAACAAACGGAUGAUGGGGGUUAUAUGGUGAGCGGAUGAUUGAACAGACAAUAAGUGACCCUGAAUCUUUCCCUAGAUUUGUCCUGAAACGCUGACCCCCAAUACCAUCACUGACCCUAAAGACAUUCCUAUGGAAAACACUAAUCUGUAAAACUGACCCUAAAACAAACAAUAGGAGGACACUAAGACCUGUUUUAGUCGUUCAUUAGGUCAUCGGCAGCACAUUUACACGGGCCGAUUGUCGAGAAUGAGCAUUCGCAGCUACGGGCAUUCCCAAUAAUCUGCCCAAUAAUUGACUUGUGUAAAUCCACCAUAACCAUAAGAACAAAGGUUGACCGAUGAAGAAAACUAGGAGAAAUACUAGAAAAUAAAAGGAUUACUGGAUUGAAAAGCACAGAGCUUACACUAUAACCAGCAGCCCCUGCAGAAACUAGGAAUAUUUACAGCGAGGCUAACCAGUCAGGAGCUCCUCUCCAAGCAAGAUGACUGUACUGGGAGCUCGGAGGGACAAUUGAUAUCUACAGAUUAUAAUGCAGAUGAUCCGGGUGUCACAUCAGAUACGUAUGAAGAUUGUGCCAUUAUCCCAGAUGUACCAUCCACCCUUCACAGCAAAACUGUGUCAUCUGAUCCUUUAAAACAAAUCCAAUCUUCUGAUUCAUCACAGACUGUUAACCAGAAUGCAAGCCACAAAAUGGGUGUGGGAGCCCAAAAAGCUCAGAAAGGGAAGAAGUCAUAUCCAUGUUCAGAAUGUGGGAAAUGUUUUACUCAGAAUUCACACAGGGGAAAAGCCAUAUUCAUGUUCAGAAUGUGGGAAACGUUUUGGUUUGAAAUCAGUUCUUCUUCAACAUGAAAAACAUCAUGCAAGGAAGAUGCCGUAUCCAUGUUCAGACUGUGGAAAAAGUUUUACUCACAAAUCAGAACUUGAGAGGCAUCAGAGGGUUCACACGGGAGAGAAGCCGUUUUCAUGUUCAGAAUGUGGGAAAUGUUUUACUCAGAAAUCUUCUCUUGUUGUCCAUCAGAGAAUUCACACAGGGGCGAAGCCGUAUUCAUGUUUAGAAUGUGGCAAAUGUUUUACUCAGACAUCAAGUCUUAACAAACAUCACAGAAGACAUACAGGAGAGAAGUCAUUUUCAUGUUCAGAAUGUGGCAAAUGUUUUGCUCAGAAAUCUUCUCUUGUUUUCCAUCAGAGAAUUCAUACAGGUGAGAAGCAAUAUUUUUGUUCAGAAUGUGAAGAAUGUUUUGCUAGAAAAUCAACUCUUCUUUUACAUCAAAGAUGUCACACCGGGGAGAAGCCAUAUUCAUGUUCGGAAUGUGGGAAAUGGUUCUCUCAGAAAUCAAAUCUUGAGAGCCAUCAGAGAAUUCACACACGAGUGAAGCCAUAUUCAUGUUCAGAAUGUGGGAAAUGUUUUACUAAGAAAUCAAGUCUUGAGAAACAUCAGCAAAUUUGCACAAAGGAGAAGUCGUAUUCAUAUUAAGAGUGUGACUGAUAUUUCGGAUCUUCAACAUCAAAGAGGUCACACAGGAAAAAAAGCUAUAGUCUUGUUAAGAAUGUUUAUAUUGUUGGGUAUUCAAAAAUUCUCACAGGAAAAGCCACUUUCAUGCAGGGAAAUAUUUUACUGACAAAUCAAGUUUUGAGGGACAUCAAGAAUUCACAGAGGGGAGAAGCCAUAUUCCUGUGCAGAAUGUGGAAAAUGGUGUGCUCUGAAACCCAUUCUUCACCAUGAAAGCCAUCAUACAGGGGAGAGGCCAUAUUUGUGUACGGACUGUAGGAAAUGUUUUACUUACCAAUCAGAUUGUGUUAAACAUCAGAGAAUGCACAUAGGGGAGUAGCAGAUUUAAGACCUUUCCAACACUUGCCUUACAUGUAUGGCAGGUUUUGGGUAUUUAACGACAUCUGCCUUAAAGGGAUUCUGUCACCA